UAAGGUAAUCAAUCCCAGAAAAUUGAAGCAAGAUUGAUAGAGAUCAAAGUCGGAGAGAAAGGGUACUACGUACGUACCUGCAGGCUGCAGCAACCUCGAAGCUAGUUCAAACUAGUGGGAGGUUGUGUGCAUAGAAGCACAAACAAACAAACUCAUCAUCAUACUCACAAUUAAUGCAAAUUAAGCAUUGAUUAAUGGCUCGCGGAAAGGUUCAGCUGAAGAGAAUUGAGAACCCUGUGCACAGGCAAGUUACCUUCUGCAAGCGCCGAGCUGGGCUUCUUAAGAAGGCUAAGGAGCUAUCUGUGCUGUGCGAUGCUGAAAUUGGCCUAUUCAUUUUCUCUGCCCAUGGAAAGCUCUAUGAACUAGCCACCAAAGGAACCAUGCAAGGGCUCAUUGAGAGGUACAUGAAGUUCUCACGAGGAGCUCAGCCUGAAGCAGCACCUGAAGCACAUCCUCUUCUGGAUGCUAAAGAGGAAACUAACAUGCUAAAACAAGAAAUCCAAACAUUGCAAAAGGGUAUCAGGCAUUUGUUUGGAGGAGGAAAUAAGACUAUGACAAUUGAUGAAUUACAAGUGCUAGAGAAGAAUCUCGAAACUUGGAUAUAUCAUAUUCGUUCAAUGAAAAUGAACAUCAUGUUACAAGAAAUUCAAGCUUUGAAAGAUAAGGAGGGAACACUUAAAGCGGCAAAUAAAUAUCUCCAUGAUAAGAUUGUGGAGAAUACUGCAAUUUCUAACUUUGCUCAAUUUGCUACUGAUACUUCGAAUUCGUACCCGCUAAUCAUACAAGAUGAGGUUUUUCAACUCUAUUAAAUGAGUUGUUUCUACAAUGCUUUGUUUACAUGCUUUAAUAAGGGAAAGAAUGACGACUGGGCUAUGCUUCAUAACAUUAAAAAGUGAAGUAUAUAUGAAGCAUGAACAUUGUGCCUAUCUUACUUACCAAAUGGUGUGCAAGCUUUGCAAUAAUUUGUAACAUUAAUAUUGUGGCAACCUAAUAUUUUUAUAGAUAAGUUUUUAAUGUAAAAGACAGAAAAGUGUGGUUUCUGACUAUUAAUUUUUCUCUGUCAUGAUCAGUAAUGUAAUAUGUUUGUAUAAUGUUUUAUUUCGUG